CCGAUAUCGACGCAAAUAUUGGUGCUAGAUUUAUCCUCUUUUUUAUAUAUUUUUUUUAUCGGUAUUUGUAUAAAUAGGGAACUGGUUAAGGAUCGACCGUUCGAGCUAAAAAUUCAUCAACUAAGUAUUUUCGUCUUUAAAUAAAUAAAGUGCUGGUCGGGUACCACUAAACGGAUUUAUUAAACGUAUUACUUAUUAAACAUCGUAGGCCUUAAAUAUGGAAGAAGUUAACUAAAGCACAAAAUUAAACGUAGAUAGUUAAGAGAGGAUGGUAUUUGUAUUCCUGUUACGUAAUUUUCUACAACGGUUUUUUACAGAGCUUUAGGGACGUUAAUGUUUUAGUGCGGGACCAAAACAUUCGUUAAAUAGACACUUAAAUAGACGUUAGUCGCAACUGUUUAGAUUCCGCGCGGUGUACAAAAAAUCAUCCAAAAUUACCAACUUUGUAGGCCAAAUUAGCAAUGAAAGCUUUAAUGAGACGUCAAAACGACACGAUGGACCAACCAGCAGGGUAUUUGGGCACUUCCAGGGUGGUGCUUAACCAUUUAGAUGUCUCGACCCAGGCUGAUAUUCAACACACGGCCCUAAACUACGGUUCGGAGGAUGAGAUAAUGGGUCGUCUCCACGGUAAAGAUCGGAGGGGUGGGGCGGGCGCGACGAGGGAGCCGGCAGCAUCGAAUGCGGCUCAUUAUAGCAAACAGGAUAUUAGGGAGCAAUACUGCAUUUCGGAUCGGGGAUUAGGAGCAUUGGAGACGGAUAAACAGAGCUUAUUCGGAUGUCUUUCAUCGCACAACAGUUCUCCAUGUUCGACGCGGAGCGCUUCAUCCUUAUUAACAGCGUGUGUACGUCAAAAGGUGCCUUCUGAUGAAAACUUAUACGAACUGUACAAGAAGCACCCUUCGGAGUACGCCCCGUAUCCGAAAAGGCACAGAAAUCCCUGGGUUCCCCUUACGCCAGAAAUGUAUAGGCACGACCAGGAUCUCAAGAGUUCCUAUUUUCGGCGAAAAGCUCCACAAGUGGACCCCAGCAGGUACACAUGGAUGCCGUCGGAUGAUGAAUCUGUCAGAAUGGAGAAACCCAGAUCUAUUCUGGACGUGUCCUAUCGCAUGAACCAGGUUCAAGUGGCGACACCACCUGCUCCUCCGGGGUAAGUCCGUUAGUCCGCGUGGAUAUGGGUAUUCCUUUGCCUAGCAAUGGUCUAUAUCCGGCAUAGUUGGGCAUAGGUAUGUCGUGAGGUAAUCUCAAAGUAUCGUUAGCAAUAGCUUUAGCAAUUUGAUCCUUCGUGUCUU